GGCGCGCUGUUUCGAAUUUAGUAGUCGUAUAAAAAUUUCCUCUAACGAGUCACCUUAAGUGUUUUUUUUUUUAAUAUUUAAAAGUCAUGACUAAGUUCUGAUUUCCGAAUAAUAAAUCACGAAACCGCAGAUAUAAUUUUUCACGAAUGUCAAAGUAAUAAAGGAAAUACACAAAAUUCGUCAAGGAUCUCUUAUCGAUUAUUUUACAUAUUUUCGCCGCGCAAGCCACUAGGAAAUAGCUCUGUAUUUACCCUGCCGGUGUCUUUAGCCUUUAAAUACGGCUACUCCGUCAGAUUCGUCACACACUUUCUGGUCGUUUCUGAUCGCCUGGUACUCGGUACGCGAAAUUGAAGUUUAUAUUUUUUUUCAAGUUUAAAUUAAAAGUUCAAUUAAUUGUGCGUUUUAAUAAAGGUGGACGGACAUUAAAAAAAUCGAAACCCAAACAAAUAAAAAAUGUUGUUUGUCAGUUUGUGUUUUGUAUUAUUGAUUACCGGAUUGAAAGCCAGAACGUAUUUCGAGGAUGAAACUGAUUCAAGAGAGGAUUAUUACCCUUUCAAUUUUCUCGAUUUAGAAGAUUUAAAUGAGGUAAUAGAUCUUUCAAGUCUGGGGCCAGCUGCCUAUGGUGAACCGCGCAAGGAAAGUGGCGAUGCUGUGGCGCUGUGGUCGGAGUCGUCGCUUAUGAACCCAGAGGAAGUGGGGGGUUACGUCGAAGGCGACAUCCUGUUGUCGUCCUCGCGGGCCAGGAAUGGCGUCAAGGAUCAAUCGUUCUUAUGGCCAAAGGGACACAUUCCUUAUUUAAUCGAUGGAUAUUUCAACUCUGAACAACGCGAAACUAUCAUGAAGGCCAUCGCUGAUUACCACCGGCUAACUUGUCUGCGCUUCGUUCCCUACACCGGCCAGCAAGACUACAUCGUUAUUCAAAGCAAGAACACGGGCUGCUGGUCCAGCGUUGGAAGGAUGGGUGGACGUCAGGAAGUGAAUCUGCAGGUCCCUGGGUGCGUCAGUAAGAAGGGCACGGUGCUUCACGAACUUCUUCACGCGAUCGGCUUCAUGCACGAGCAGAGUCGGCCAGAAAGAGAUGACUUUGUCUAUGUCCAUUACAACAACAUUAAGCCGGGCUCGGAAGGUAACUUCAGGAAGGCUGACACGAAGAGCUCCCACGGGUAUGGCGUGCCGUAUGACUACAAUAGCGUUAUGCACUAUUCUGAGUACGCUUUCUCGAAGAAUUCGCAGAAGACCAUCACUCCUAAGGUGAGCAGCGCCAAGCUCGGACAGAGGGAGGGACUCAGUCGGGGCGACGUCAGAAAAGUUAACAACAUGUACAACUGCAAGAAAGAAGAACCCCAAACCGGCUGGCUCGGCGGAAUCUUCCAGAACAUAUUCGGAAAACCAAAGAACUAUAUAAGUUCGUUUUACUACUAGUGAAAUACAUCGAACGGUACACUCGGCGGCCCGACCAACCAAGAUCUGAUCUAGUUUUUAAUAAUUUAACUUCUAUAAUAUCCUAGUCUCCUAGUACGUAAGAGUUGAAAAUUGAAUAAAAUAAUUUUGUUGUGUU